CCCGGCUGUUUGUCGACCUGUGCGGAGAUGAGUGGCACACCAGCUAUGACUCCAGGCAGCUCCUAUUCUGGUAGGGGGAGACUGAUUCACAACCAGAGAGCCAGAAAACCCCCUGGUUAUGAGAAGACAGAUGAUGUUUCAGAGAAGACCUCACUGGCAGACCAGGAGGAAGUGAGAACCAUAUUCAUCAACCAGCCUCAGCUGACAAAAUUCUGCAACAACCAAGUUAGCACUGCGAAAUACAACCUGAUCACAUUCCUCCCAAGAUUCCUCUAUUCUCAGUUCAGAAGAGCAGCUAAUUCGUUCUUUCUCUUUAUUGCCCUGCUCCAGCAAAUACCUGAUGUGUCACCAACAGGUCGCUAUACAACCCUGGUUCCUCUCUUAUUUAUUUUAGCUGUGGCAGCUAUCAAAGAGAUAAUAGAAGACAUUAAACGACACAAAGCUGACAAUGCUGUGAACAAGAAGCAGACACAAGUUUUGAGAAAUGGUGCUUGGGAAAUUGUUCACUGGGAAAAGGUGGCGGUGGGGGAAAUAGUGAAAGUGACCAAUGGGGAACACCUCCCAGCAGACCUCAUCAGUGUGUCCUCCAGUGAGCCCCAGGCUAUGUGCUACAUCGAGACGUCCAACUUAGAUGGUGAAACAAACUUGAAAAUUAGACAAGGCUUACCAGCAACGUCGGAUAUCAAAGACAUUGACAGUCUGAUGAGAAUUUCUGGCAGAAUUGAGUGUGAAAGCCCAAACCGACAUCUCUACGAUUUUGUUGGGAAUAUAAGGCUUGAUGGCCACGGCACGGUUCCCCUGGGUGCGGACCAGAUUCUUCUCCGAGGUGCUCAGUUAAGAAACACCCAGUGGGUUCACGGCAUAGUUGUCUACACCGGACACGACACCAAGCUGAUGCAGAACUCCACGAGUCCACCACUUAAACUCUCCAAUGUGGAGCGGAUUACAAAUGUACAGAUUCUGAUUUUAUUCUGCAUCUUGAUUGCCAUGUCUCUGGUCUGCUCUGUGGGCGCGGCCAUUUGGAACCGAAGGCACUCUGGGAGAGACUGGUACCUCCACCUGCACUAUGGUGGCGCUAAUAAUUUUGGGCUGAACUUCUUGACUUUCAUUAUCCUCUUCAACAAUCUCAUCCCCAUCAGCUUGUUGGUUACAUUAGAGGUGGUGAAAUUCACCCAGGCUUACUUCAUAAAUUGGGAUGUUGACAUGCACUAUGAACCCACAGACACUGCCGCCAUGGCUCGGACAUCUAACCUGAAUGAGGAACUCGGCCAGGUUAAAUACAUAUUUUCUGACAAAACUGGGACCCUGACAUGCAACGUGAUGCAGUUUAAGAAAUGCACCAUCGCGGGCGUGGCCUACGGCCAUGCCCCAGAACCUGAGGAUUAUGGGUGCUCGCCUGAUGAAUGGCAGAGCUCACAGUUUGGAGAUGAAAAAACAUUUAAUGAUCCGUCACUGCUGGAAAAUCUCCAGAAUAACCAUCCAACCGCACCGAUCAUUUGUGAGUUUCUCACGAUGAUGGCCGUCUGCCACACAGCUGUACCAGAGAGAGACGGCGAGAAGAUCAUUUAUCAGGCAGCAUCGCCAGACGAGGGGGCACUGGUCAGAGCGGCCAAGCAGCUGAAUUUUGUCUUCACGGGAAGAACUCCUGACUCGGUCAUCAUCGAUUCACUGGGGCAGGAGGAAAGAUAUGAAUUGCUCAAUGUCCUAGAAUUCACCAGCGCUAGGAAAAGAAUGUCGGUGGUGGUUCGCACUCCAUCCGGGAAGUUACGGCUUUACUGCAAAGGAGCUGACACAGUAAUUUAUGAUCGACUUGCAGAGACUUCAAAGUACAAAGAAAUCACCCUAAAACACUUGGAGCAGUUUGCUACGGAAGGGCUGAGGACCUUGUGUUUUGCUGUGGCCGAGAUUUCCGAGAGUGAUUUCGAGGAGUGGCGGGCCGUCUACCAACGCGCGUCCACGUCAGUGCAGAACAGGCCGCUGAAGCUGGAGGAGAGCUACGAGCUGAUCGAAAAGAAUCUACAGCUACUUGGAGCUACAGCCAUUGAGGAUAAAUUACAAGACCAAGUGCCUGAAACCAUAGAAACUCUAAUGAAGGCUGACAUCAAGAUAUGGAUUCUUACUGGGGACAAGCAGGAGACUGCCAUCAAUAUAGGACACUCCUGCAGACUUCUGAAGAGGAACAUGGGCAUGAUCGUUAUAAACGAAGGCUCCCUUGAUGGGACAAGGGAGACGCUCAGCCGGCACUGUACCACCCUUGGAGACGCUCUUCGCAAGGAAAACGAUUUUGCUCUUAUAAUUGAUGGGAAGACCCUCAAAUAUGCCUUAACCUUUGGAGUCCGGCAAUAUUUCCUGGACUUAGCUUUGUCCUGCAAAGCUGUCAUUUGCUGCAGGGUUUCUCCUCUUCAGAAGUCUGAGGUCGUUGAGAUGGUUAAGAAACAAGUCAAAGCCAUCACGCUUGCCAUCGGAGACGGGGCAAACGACGUCAGCAUGAUACAGACAGCCCAUGUGGGUGUUGGGAUCAGUGGCAACGAAGGCUUACAGGCGGCCAACUCUUCUGAUUACUCCAUCGCGCAGUUCAAGUAUCUGAAGAAUCUGCUGAUGGUCCAUGGCGCCUGGAACUACAACAGAGUCUCCAAGUGCAUCCUCUACUGUUUCUACAAGAACAUUGUGCUCUACAUCAUCGAGAUCUGGUUUGCCUUUGUCAAUGGCUUUUCUGGACAGAUCCUCUUUGAAAGAUGGUGCAUAGGGCUCUAUAACGUGAUGUUUACAGCGAUGCCUCCGUUAACGCUUGGAAUAUUCGAGAGGUCGUGCCGAAAGGAGAACAUGUUAAAGUACCCCGAGCUGUACAAAACGUCUCAGAACGCUCUGGACUUCAACACCAAGGUUUUCUGGGUUCAUUGUUUGAAUGGCCUCUUCCACUCGGUGAUUCUGUUUUGGUUCCCGCUAAAAGCCCUUCAGUAUGGCACAGUAUUUGGAAAUGGGAAAACCUCGGACUACCUGCUUCUGGGAAACUUCGUUUAUACUUUUGUAGUGAUAACAGUGUGUUUGAAGGCUGGACUGGAAACCUCAUAUUGGACUUGGUUCAGCCACAUUGCCAUCUGGGGCAGCAUCGCACUGUGGGUGGUGUUCUUCGGAGUCUACUCAUCCCUGUGGCCCGCGGUUCCCAUGGCCCCUGAUAUGUCUGGAGAGGCCGCCAUGCUGUUCAGCUCCGGAGUCUUCUGGGUCGGCUUGCUCUCCAUCCCCGUGGCGUCCUUACUCCUGGACGUGCUGUACAAAGUCAUCAAGAGGACCGCCUUUAAAACACUCGUGGAUGAAGUUCAAGAGCUCGAGGCGAAAUCUCAAGACCCGGGUGCAGUGGUACUCGGGAAAAGCCUCACGGAGCGGGCACAGCUGCUCAAGAAUGUCUUUAAGAAGAGCCACGUGAACCUGUACCGCUCUGAGUCCGUACAACAGAACCUGCUCCACGGCUAUGCCUUCUCUCAAGAUGAGAACGGCAUCGUCUCCCAGUCUGAAGUGAUUAGAGCCUAUGACACCACGAAACAGAGGCCAGAUGAGUGGUGAUUGGACGGCAUAAGC